AUGCGUAUUCAUUUGAUGGAGACUCUUUAUCGGGCUUUGAACUCUAUUAUGAAGCCAGUCAUAGAUAACAUUGCACGGGGGUUAUUUGUUGACCUUACUUUUCCAGAGGACUUAGAGAUGCUUUAUCGAAUGACCAAACAGAGUAGAGCUAGGCAUACUAGGGAUUCUAUAGUAGCAAGCCCUAUUGUGUCUAGUAGUAAGACUGUAGAGCAAUGCAAAAAAGAAGAAAAAUGUGACCAGGAUAUGGAACAUUUAAAAACACAGAUAGAUUUGUUGACUAAGUAUCUAUUAUCUAGAAAAACAAAGAAGGUGAAAGCUAUUGCAUCCAAGGGAAGAGCUAAUUCUUAUUCGGAAAAAGAGUUCGAGCAAAAAAUGAGCCAACUCUUAGCAGCAUUAAAUCAGAGAAAGAGCAGAACUUUGCCAAGUGAUACAGUUCAAAAUCCCCAAAAUGAUGGCUCCUGCAUGGAAAUUACCACACGGAGUGGUAAGGUAUUACCAGGCUCGUCUGUGGGCAAAGAUGUGAUUGCAGAGGAUAUUAAGCAUGAAGAAACUUAUCCAGUGGAGUCUAAAAAACUGGAUGAAGUUAUUGAUAAUACACCAUCCAACCAUCAGCAAGUUGAUGAGUUGGAGAAGAGCAAGGGAAAUAAGACCGAAGUGUCCAUGAAACAACAUAAAGAUAUGAGCGUAUUUUCUAUUGUGGAUGUUUAUGAUGAGGAGGAGCAGAAAGUACCCAUAGAAGAAAAAUUUGCUAUGGAUACUUUAGCUACUGUAUUAAUGAAUUUUGAUCAAGACGGUAUCGAAUAUUAUGAGGAGACUGUAAAAGCAGUGGCUCUGGCUGACAAUGAAGGGAAGAGAGUCAUUACAUUCCUCAAGAGGAAUAUUGUUUCUCGAUUUGGGGUGCCACACACCAUUAUAAGUGACGAUGGAUCUCACUUUUGCAAUAGAGUAUUCCAGGCUGCAUUGGCUAAAUACGGGGUAAAGCAAAAUAAGGUGGCAACUUUAUAUCAUCCACAAACCAGUGGACAAGUGGAGGCUUCUAACAGAGAGAUCAAAGCCAUCCUUUCUAAAAUCGUAAAUGGCAGUAAGCAAGACUGGUCUCGAAAUCUAGAUGAUGCUCUUUGGGCAUAUAGAACAAAAUUCAAAAUGACUAUUGUUAUGUCACCAUACCAACUGAUUUAUGGUAGGGCAUGUCAUUUUUCAGUUGAAUUGGAGCAUAAGGCAUUGUGCACACUUAAGAGGCUGAACUUGGACUGGAAUGAAGCAGGGAAAUAG